AUGGCCGAACCAACCCAGACUCAGUCCCAGAAUCUCCUACCUUAUCACCACCCACCAGAGACAAAAGAACGCUUGCAGUAUGCGAACUUGACCACGAUUGAUCUUGGCGAAUUUGACAAGCCCGGAGGCAAGGAAAGGUUGGCAGCCCAGUUGACCGUCGCGGUGCAUAAUGUUGGCUUUUUCUAUGUUACAAACUUUGGUCUCAAUCCGGAUGAGAUUAACCGUCAAUACGCUAUUGGUCGUGAAUUCUUUGCUCUCCCUGAGGACGUGCGAAGGUCGUACCGAGCACCCCUUGAGGAAGGCAUCUACAACGGCUACCAGCCACUCGGAUCCAUCGAAGUCCUGCCGGGCCUUUCCUGCAUCAAAAUGAGCGGGAGCAUCCCGACAUCUUCCGGCAGCACUGGGCCGAGAUUGAGCGCUUCCACCGCUACGUCCACGAGAACAUUGCCAUCAAGCUGCUGCGCCUCAUCGCCCCUCGUUCUGGAGCUCCCGGAGCAGCACAUAUCCGACGGCCACCUCUACGAGUCCAACUGUGACAGCGGCCUCCGCUACAUAAACUACCGCGCGCGCUCCGCCGAGGCCAACGAGCGCUUCCAGGACCUGUACUCGCGCGGCCACACGGACAACGGCACCACCACGCUGCUCUUCCAGCAGCCGGUCGCCGCGCUGCAGGUGCGCAAGGGCGGCCGCGAGGAGUCGCCGUGGGAGUGGAUCCGCGUGCCGGAGGGCGUCGUGUCGGUCAACGUCGCCGACGUGCUGUCCAUGCUGUCCGGCGGGUACCUGCGGAGCGGCGUGCACCGCGUCGUGGUGCCGCCGGAGGACCAGCGGGCACGGGACCAGCUCGGGCUGCUGUACUUUGUGCGGCCCAGCGACCGGCUGCCGCUGCGGCGCUGGGACAGUCCGCUGCUCCGGCGUUUGGGGUACUGCGAGGAGGAGGGCAAGGGGGGAGGCGAGGGCGAGGUGCCGGCGUUGGAGUGGACACGAGCGCGGAUCAGGAACAACUGGUCGCGGUCGCCGACGGAUGCUGAUGCGGGCGUGAGCAUGGCUGGGUUCUCGGUUAAGCAAUUUUACGACUGA